AUGGCUGCCGCAGUGGCUAGGGCACUGCAGAUGCCCGGCCACGCUUCAACCCCUCCAGCGCACCUAUCGCUCAACACUUCCUCCCACGGCGCUCCUGCCGCAAUCCCCAACAAGCAUAUCCCCAUCUGCUCGCCAGGGGGGAUCCCAGUGACGCCGCCAGCAUCUCCACCCCAAGAGCAUGUCCCGCUUGAGACGUCCUCCAUCACAUACCCGCCAGGGAAGCACUGCACCCAAUUUUGCAGUGAACCCCCGGUGUACACCAUCACUGCAGACCAAAUGGCUGACGCGCUGGAGUACAUGGCAACGCACCCAUUGCCCAGCCCGGAGCAGGUCUUCCCCUGGCUGCAUGGUCUGCAUGCCGAAAACCAGAUCCAGCUUGCUUUCUUCGCCUCUCGUCGCAAGACCCUUCAAAAGAUCCCCAACUGCAUCCGCAGCCUGACUGUGGUCAAGACGGGUGGAGACCUGACCACAUCAAAGCUGAAGGGUGCCAUAGCCGCAGACGAGAUUCUUUGCUCGGGCUCGGAUGACUCGCCCGCCUUCAUCGACUGCGACCCCAAAGACGGCUUUUCCGUGCGCAACUUCCAGAUCCAAGCAUGCAAGCUGGCCACGGUGUCGGACAUCAUCAUCUAUGGCGACCAGAAGACCCAUCCCAACGACACCAUUGCACUCGCCAAGAUCGUCUCGCAGGCUCAGCGGCAAUAUGAAGCCCGCAACGGCUUUCCCACCGGUCUGUUCAACACCUUCAUGCUUUCAGACUCCUUUGGCAGCAUGCAGGAGAAGCACCCGGAUCUCGUUGCAAUCGACCAGACAUGUCGUGUGACCGGCAACGUGGUCGACUUCUUCUACUGGGAGCGCUACGAGAUGUCGGACAUGUCCAAAGCAUCCGAGAUCAGCAGCAACGUGUUCCUAGGCCCUACACCCGACACUGCCCUUCACCCAGAUUGCUUGGGUGAGGACGCGUACGACGUGCUCAUCGAGGCAACAGACCUCGCUCAUGUACCCGAGUCACGCUCACUGCGGGCUUUGCGCAUGGCCAUGGACAAGGUUUCACGCAAGUCUGCCCUGCACAUGGAGUUUCCGUCUUCUGGAAGCAUCAUGCCACCGACAUGGUCUCACACAGAAGUCGACGGUCUGAUGGAAACGUGUCGAUGGAUGUACGAGCUUGCCAAUCCACAAGAAGUCCGUCGAUCGAAGCGCAGACGGAGCGAAGACGACGAAGCAAUCGAGCUAGACGAUAUUGCUGUGCCACGCAAAUUUCUCAUUCAUUGCACAGAUGGUUACACGGAGACCACCCUUCUUGCAUUGGCGUACUUCAUGUACGCGGAAGGCCUUCCGGUUCACGACGCCUGGAUCAAGCUGCACCGGGAGAAGGGCCGCAACUUCUUCGCUUACCCGUCCGACGUCGCACUUCUUACAGCGAUUCAGCCACGGAUCUUGCAGGAGUCCCCCAGGUUCAAUAAGAGUGUUUUCAAUCUUGCUGAGCCGCAAUGGCUGUCCAAGAUCGACGGCAGCCUACCUAGCAGGAUCUUGCCGUACAUGUAUUUGGGCAACCUAGGUCAUGCAAACAACCCAGAGUUGCUCAGAGAACUUGGCAUCACACGGAUCUUGAGCGUUGGAGAGGCGCUUUCCUGGCCCGAUGAUCUCAAGAAACAACUCGAAUGGCCCGAGGAGAACUUCUUGAUGGUUGAUCGAGUUCAGGAUAACGGCGUCGAUCCGCUGUGGAGUGAGUUUGAGCGAUGUCUAAAAUUCAUUGAAGCUGGCAAGGCCGCGGGCGAGGCUACGCUUGUUCAUUGCCGUGUAGGCGUAUCUCGAUCUGCGACCAUCUGCAUUGCGGAAGUCAUGAACGAGAUGGGCUUAUCUUUCCCCCGCGCCUACUGCUUUGUCAGGGCGCGCCGACUAAACGUUAUCAUUCAACCGCAUCUUCGAUUUACUUACGAACUUCUCAAGUGGGAAGAGUACCAGCGUCAGCGACGCAACGAACCUCUUCGCCGCGAGCUUGAGUGGGCUACUGUCGCGCGCGAAAUCGCCUUGAUGAAUAAGCCCUACUCGAGAUGA